GUAGUAUUCCUUCACGAAUCAGCUUGAAAAUUACACAUACAGUAUCCACACUUCUUCUUCUUCUUAUUCUUCUUCUUCUUCCUUAAUUCCUUUCAAUGUUCAUUGUUGAUCGGUGGUUUCAGAAACUAGAAUCGUGUAGGAAGUUAUGAAUGUCUCUUCCCUAAAUUGUAUUCAAAUUCAUCAAGUUUGUUAUUAUACUCAUGGAAAAUUUUAAGAAAUCGUCAUCAACCGGCGUCGUCAACACCAUCAAUCUUCCGAUUUCCGAUCUGGCUCGUUCUCGAUCGUUCCUUUCUGGAUUUUACUGUUGGAGUUGGAAAUUCCUCACUGCUCUUCUGCUUUUUAGUUACUGAUUUAUCUUCUCGAUUGAUCGACUCAGAUUUUUUUAACUUUCCUUUUCGAUUCUAAGUAGAUAAGGUUUCAAUCAAGUAGGUUAAGUUCGAUCGGAGGUAGGUGAGAUUUAGAAAUUGUAACUGAAAAUGGUGCACAGAUCUGCUCCGGCGCCGUUUCUGAUGAAGACGUAUCAGUUGGUGGAUGAUCCGAUUACGGAUGAGAUGAUUUCGUGGAACGAAACCGGUAAUGGAUUUGUGGUUUGGAAAACUGCUGAUUUUGCUAGGGAUUUGCUUCCUAAUUCCUUCAAACACAACAAUUUCUCCAGCUUUGUUCGUCAGCUUAAUACUUAUGGGUUCCACAAAACUCUUCCCGACAAAUGGGAGUUCGCCAACGAAUACUUCAAACGAGGUCGGAAGGACCUACUCAUCGAGAUCCACCGCCGGAAAACCGUGACGCCAACAAAAGGAAAGUCCGACGGAGACGGUGGUUUGGCGUCGCCGCCUUCUAGCUCCGGCGAUGAUCUCCGCUCUAGCUCCACCUCGUCGCCGAAUUCAAAGAAUCCCGGCUCGGUGGUUCUCCCGACGGUGGAGAAACUCGAGAAUUUGUCCGACGAGAACGAGAAACUGAAGAAAGAGAAACAGUUUCUGACGUCGGAGCUUGCUCAGGCGAAGAAGCAAUGUGACGAUCUCGUCGCGUUUCUGACUCAGUCUGUGAAGGUGGCGCCGGAGCAGGUCAGUCGCAUCAUGAGCGGCGAUGUGGUGGUUGGUGAGACGGAGACGGUGGUCCAGGAGACCGACGGUGAUGAUGACGACAAAGACGGUGAUUGUUUUCGUUUGUUUGGGGUGUUGCUGAGAGAUGGAAAGAAAAAGAGGGGGCGAGAGGAGAUAAAUGAAACUUCUGGGGUAGAAAUGAAAAAUAUGAAACUUCAGGGGGACUUCAACGAUGACAAUCCGUGGAUGAAUAGUCUAUAUUCUGUUACCGAACAGUAUUAACAAGGUAUACAACUGACGAAUAAGCAGAUGCCACGUCAGUUUAUGAGACAAUGUAGAAUACUUUGGGCUUUGUUUGUAUACAUUCACAAGUGAAAACAAUUUAUUUGGAUACAUUUAUGUAGUUUUGUAAAAUAAAUGUUGUGACUUUUGUGUUUUUCUA